AUGCAGAAUGCCGGAUGGGACAUGUCGUCCACUCUGUGGGAAAAUUAUUUCAAUUUUUGCGUGCCGCUAAAUUUACUGCUGGGCUUUUGCGAGGAUUACAAACGCAUGGUUGUUAACGCGCGCCAUGAAUUAAUUUUGAUACGAGCGCGCAAUGAUAACAAUUCUAUUGUGGGAACGAAUAGAACGACGGAACCGGAAAUUGAAUUGUUCAAAGUACAGUGGCGAAUGCCACAUGUUACGUUAAAUGAAGUCAAUAAAUUGUCCAUACUACGAGCUUUGGAAAGCUGGCGAUAUCUAAGUAUGAAUUUCUGUUCCUGGGAUCUGUAUGAGUACCCCUUGUUGCAGAGUACAACCAAACAUUCGUGGGCUGUUAAAACUGUAACACAAUUAGAAAAGCCUCGAUUCGUUAUCUUUGCACUACAGACCGGUCGCAAGAAUAUCAUGUCUCAAGAUGCUACUAUUUUUGACGAUUGUAAUUUGAUCAAUGUGAAACUUUAUCUCAACUCUGAAUUUUAUCCGUACGAUGACUUGAAUCUAGACUUUCGUAAAUCUAGAUACUCCAUCCUGUUUGACAUGUACCAACGUUUUCGUAAAUCUUAUUAUGGACGUGAUUGCUACGAUACGCUGCUUAACGUGGUCACAUUUCUGCAAAGAGGACUUUUACAGUGA